AUGCCUCCCCCCGUUGAGGACGUGUCCGAGGAAGAGUCUGGUGAUAUUCCUUUCAGGGACGCGCCGGAAGAUCUUGAUGACAAGCAAAAGGACGGUGACAACAAAGACAGCGACGAAGAGGAUGACGAUGACGACGAGGAGAACUAUGUGGUUGAAAAGAUCGUCAGACACGACUGGCUAGAUGAUGGUACCCUUAAGCUCUUCGUCAAAUGGCAAGGCUAUGAUGCUAUCAAGGACCAUACGUGGGAAGAAGAAGAGAACCUGAUGGAAGGCGCAUCCGAGAUCCUUACUCAGUACUACGCCAAGAUCGGGGGCCGCCCCGAGCGGCCUACAACAGAGAAGCCCAAGCCGGGUAGGAAGCGCAAGUCCAUGGGGGAAUCGAGCUCUAAGCCCGCCACACUAAAUGAGACUCCAGUCCCCGCCGCCAAGAGAGGCCGCAAAUCGGCGGCGACAAAAGAGCUCGAGAAAGUGGCCGAUAAAGCGAAGGAGAACUCCGUUCAGGUUGUAGACGACGAUGGCAACUGGCUGCCCAAGGGCAAGUGGGACAAGGAACUCAAAGAGGUCUCCACCAUCAUGCGAGGGGAGAAGGACGAGGGCCUCUUCGCAUACCUAUUAUUCAACAACGGAAAGACUGCCCGCGUGAGCGUUCGAGCAUGCUAUGAAAAGUGUCCCAAGAAGAUGCUCGAAUUCUACGAAUCACACCUUGUGUUCAAAGGCGAGGGCGACGAGUAA